AUGUGCGAUUCUAGCCAGGGAAAAUGGGAUAAAGCUGACAAGACAUUACAGGCACUCCCCGUUCUUAUCGACCAACACAAUAUCCACAAGCAUCUACAAUCCCUACAAGAAAUCGCUCAUGCGAAUAACGGGAGUAGAAUGGCUGGUUCUCAUGGCCACAAUCAAACAAUCGAGUACAUCAGAAACGAACUUGACAGUCUGGGUUACUAUGUCGAAGUUCAGAAAUUCGAAGGGAUAAUGCCAGUCAACGACCAUGCUACUCUAGUCGUGAAUGGUAACCGUUUACAUGCCGAGCCAGUCGGAUGGUCCCCUUCUGCGGCUCUAACCGAUCGUCCUCUCGUAAUUAUUGGGGAGGACGGAUGUUACGAUUAUGAUUAUCCCAUAGAAACCAUAGGGGCGAUUGUGGUGGUUAAUGGAGAAGGGUGUUCUUUCUCCGUCAAAUCUCUCGCUGCCCAGAGCUGCGGCGCAGACGCCAUUUUGAUCCACGAGGACACGCAACUCACUCCGAGUUUAGGUGGACACAAUUCCCUACAUCUCCCAUCAGCUAGGAUAUCAGAGAAGGCCUUUAACGAUAUACUGGACCAGCCUCAUCCGUUAUGGGUUGAUUUUGUUAGGAUAUCUACAAAGACGGAAUGGGAAUGUGGUGACGAUGAAAAUACGUUAAUGGUUGGGACACAUACCGAUUCGGUUGGUAAGAGCGCAGGCAUUAAUGAUAAUGCAAGCGGUAUUGCUAGUCUUCUCGAAGUCGCCGCUCGGCUCACAAAGUUCAAAACUGGAUCAAGAGUCAAGUUUGCAUUUUGGACUGCGGCCGAACCUUGCCUAUUAGGUUCGAAGCACUUCGUCUCUUCCGCUUACCCAGAAGAGCUUCGGAAAAUUCGGCUUUAUCUCGAUGUAAAUAUGCUCGGCUCGUCAAAUGGUGCACUAAAGGUUUACUCUGAAGAUUACAGCUCCGGCACAUCCUCUCCGCAUCAUGCACCCUUCGGCUCUUUAGACGCCACAUUCGCUCUACAAGAUGGGUUUGGGGUUCAGGGCGCGCAGUCAAUUGGGAUAACCAGAAUCAGCAAUCGCAGUGACUAUGCUCCAUUCUUCAACGCCGGUAUACCCUUUGCAGGCCUAUUCAGCGGUGCCAACGGACUCAAAACCCGAGAGGAAGCACAAUUGUACGGAGGCAGAGCAGGGCAUCCAUACGACGGACACUACCACCAGCCAGAAGACAAUAUAACAUACAUCAACAUGACAACUUUGCUCCUGAAUACUAAGGCCUUAGCUCACACUGUCGGAACCUACGGAAGGAGUCUUAAGGAGUUUCCUACACAGGCAAUAGACUCGGCAGCUUGGCGGCAUGCUACACCAGCAAAAUACUCGACCCUAAUAGCUCACGCAUGGAUGGCUUACGGCUUCCUUUUACACGCCUUGUAG